CGCUACAGGUAACCUUAUAGUACUUUAUCAGUCCAACCCACCGAUAACAUUAUUCGCAAUGGCUGAAGCUGCUGCCGCUCCCGCUAAGACUGCCCCCAAGGCUGCAAAGGCCAAGAAGCCCGCCGCCAAGCCCACCCACCCCAAGUACAGUAUCAUGAUUGCUGCUGCUGUCAAGGCCCUGAAGGAGCGCACUGGGUCAUCCCGCCAGGCCAUCCUCAAGUAUAUCCUCGCCAACUACAAGGUCGGAGAUGAGAAGACCACUGGUGUCCGCCUCAAGCUGGCCCUCAGGAAGGGUGUUGCUGACGGUUCCCUGAAGCAGAUGAAGGGAACUGGCGCCGCUGGUUCCUUCAGACUGGCCAAGGAGGAGGCUAAGCCUGCCAAGAAGGCUCCUGCUAAGAAGACCGUAGCCAAGAAGCCCGCAGCUAAGAAGACAACCGCUAAGAAGGCCGCCAAAAAGCCAGCUGCUAAGAAGGCCGUCAAGAAGCCGGCUGCUAAGAAGCCUGCCGCUAAGAAGCCCGCUGCCAAGAAAGCCGCUAAGAAGCCAGCAGCAAAGAAGCCCGCCAAGAAGUAAACUCCCCAAAGUUCAAAUGUAUUAAUCCAUAUGGUCUCAUGUCAUAUUACUCAUAAGUAAUGGAAAGUUCAAUUUAGGGUUAAGGACACCUUAUGAGGUGUGAUGUAAAUGUUUCUCUAAGAAACAAAUUAUAUUUAUGUAUUGUCUUAGACGUUCUUAUACACAAGAUGUAGAUAUGUAUAUAAAAUAUAUAUUUUAUCACAAAUC